AUGAGCGAUAGCACAGCAGGAGACCCCGCCUCUCCCUUGUACCGGUCCUUGCGCGAAACAGCACUCAAUUUCAUCAAAGCCCAACGCCUUGAUGACAGCCUCCCCGAACGCAUGGACUUUGCCACCCUACGUACCUAUUGCACUCCUUCGUUCCGACACUCCUGGGGCCAUAACUAUGCUGUCUCCAUCAGCCCGCCCCUCCAAGCCACACAUUCGUUCGAUGGCUUUGUCUCGCAUCUAAAUUUUAUGCUGCCUAAGCUAGAUUCUUGGAAAGCCGAUGUUACGAAUAUCAUUGUCGAUCCGGUGACGAUGAAGGUCGUGCUGCGAAUUAGUUUUUGGAUGCAAGCCAAGGGAGCUAAGGAAGCGGACACGGUGGAAAACGAUCUGCUGUGGGAGUUGGAAAUGGAGGAGAUUGGUGAAGGGAAAGUGAAGAUCAAUAGGAGCGUCGAGUUCAUGGAUGGGGCUGCGGCCGGGAGGUUGAGGGAAAUCAUGAUGGGGAUCGCGCAGGGUUAG